CGGUGCGAAAGACGGCAAGUUAGCUAGAACCAGUGAACCACUGGCUAGAACAGAGUUCAACUUUUGCAUGGCCACCAGACCACCGCCGGUGUAGACUGUCAGACGCCAGACGAACCUGCCGAACAGGAGUGAGGACGACCAGGUUUUAGAGAAGAAAUUAUGGCUGGACGCUGGGCUGUAGCAGUGGCGGUGGCAUUUCUGGCCGUCGCGGUUGGACUCUUUCUCAUACCCUCUCCUAUUGAUCCGGAACCAUACAUAUUUGAGGGGCCCCCACCCUCGUUGGAGGGGCCCCUGGCUGUCAACACUCGACUCCAGAGGGGACGCCAGCUCUUCGCUGGACAACUGAGGGGGCCUGAGUCCUUUACUGCUGACCAAGAUGGGAAUCUUUAUACCGGGACAGUGGAUGGGAAACUGUGGAGGAUUCAUCAGGACACUCUGACAUUCAUCACGCAGAUGGGACAAAACAUCCCUGAAUGCGGCAGCAGUAUGGACUAUGAGCCAGUGUGUGGUCGACCCCACGGUGUGCGACUGGAUGGCAGCGGUCAGCUGAUCGUGGCUGACUCCUACCUUGGCUUGUUCAGGGUGGACCCCAGGAACGGAGAGAAAGCGCUGCUACUGUCCAACAAACAAGGCUGUGACGGAAUCCCAUUCGCGUUCCUGAACGGUCUGGAACUCUCUCGGAAUGGAACCAUCUUCUUCACAGACUCCAGCAGUCGGUGGGGAAGAAGGCAUGUCAAGUUGGAGGUGAUUGAGACGAACCACCUGGGCCGCCUCCUGUCGUACGAGCCUGAGACAGGCCGGGUCCAGACCCUGCUGGACUCUCUCUACAUGCCCAACGGCAUCGCCCUCUCCCCCGAUGAGGAUUUCAUCAUGAUGGCCGAGACCAGCAUCGGGCGCAUCCUCAGGUACUGGCUAAAGGGACCUCAGGCCGGCACCAAGGACAUCCUCAUGAGCAACAUGCCCGGUUACCCUGACAACAUCCGCCUUAGCGACCGGGGCACGUUUCUGGUGGGCAUCACCACCAUCCGUUUCCGUGGGCGAGUCAUGCCCCCUUUCCUGGACCUCAUCGGACCCUACCCCGCGGUCAAGCGCUUCAUGACUAAGCUGGUUCCUCUGAGCUUGUAUAACAUGCUGCUGCCCAAAUACGGCCUGGUUCUGGAGCUGGGUCCAAACGCUGAGGUUCUGGACAGUCUGCAUGACCCGAACGGAACCCUCACCUGGGCCAUCAGCGACGUGUUCCAGCACGGAGGGCGGUACUACCUGGGCAGCACUGACCUGCCGUUCUUACCUGUGCUGGAGCAGUGGAGCUAAGGGGGAGGAGGAGACCGGGUGAAUGGACGCCAAUGAUAAAGAUGGACUGAUGCUAGUGAUUAUGUGUGUGUGUGUGUGUUUAUUUGUGUCAGUGUUGGGAUGGUGAUUGUGUGUGUGUGUCAGAGUGUGGUUUUAUCUUUUUCCCGACAUUAACAGAUGCAUCAAGAUAGAGUAACACAAUGGCCACUGUGAAGUCAUCCAGUGCAAACUCUACAGGUGAAAUCAAGGACUGCCUACUGGACUCCCCUCUUAACUGUAAAGUGUGAUUCACUGUUCAACAGAAAUGUGUAUUUUAUCUCUAUUCUAUGGGGUUGUACUGACCUCCUGUGGUUAGAAUGUGCCACUACAUGUUUGCCACACAUUUGCCCAGCAUUUUGAGGAUUUUUUUUUUUUUAAUGCUUUUUAUGUUUUUGAAUCAAUGAUCCACGGAAAUGUAUUGCACUAUGAAAAGUAAAGAGAAGAUGAGCCUGUUGACAGAACAGAGCUAAACUGGUCAUCUUCACUGGUCAAGAGGAAGAGUGACCCACAUACAGUACAUGACCUUUCUUUACAUGGAUUUAUCCAUUUGAUUGUCACAGAUUGACUGUGUAUGUGUAAUGUGAUUUAAGCCAACAGCUGUUUAACUGAAGCCUUCAACUGAGACAUGGUGGAUUUCUAAGAAGGAAAAUUAAUAUACAGCUCUGGAAAAAAUUAAGAGACCACGGCACAUUUUUCUGAUGUCAUCCUACGGUUGCUGAGUGACAUUUGAAUGAGUUGACGGACAAUUUGAAUAUGACUGUUAAUGUCAGUGGUCGCUUUGUUUUUUCCAGAGCUGUAUCUGUUCAGAGCUG